AUGGAGCAAAAAACACCAAAAGAGGACCAAAAUGGCGCCGAAAAUCUGGAGUUUAGCCCUGUGCUAGAGGCGUCAUGGGCGAAAUACGUUCCCGGCCCUAGCAUCAACAGAUUGUUGAAGUUUGAGGGCCGGAAGAUGAUCAACUGUAUCUUAGCCCUAUCAGGAUCGUUUAUCAUCUUUUUCGGUUAUGAUGCCUCUGUUAUGUCACAAGUCAACGACAACGUGGAUUACGAACGGCUGAUGGGCGUUAACAAUGGAACCGAUAGAGACUCUGCUGCGAAAGGUGGAAUUGUUUCGAUCUGGUUUCUUGGUUUUGGUCUUGGUGCGAUCAUGGUGGGUUCGUAUGCUGAUAGGAUUGGAAGAUUGAGAACCGCUUUCCUGGGAUGCCUUUGGGCAUUGCUUGGGGCGGCUCUGCAGUGCUCAGCCCAGAACAUUACCUGGAUGAUGUUUUCACGUAUUAUCAACGGAAUAGGUUGUGGCCAUUUGAAUACGGUGGUUCCUCUUUGGACUUCAGAAAUUGCAGAACCUCGGAUGAGAGGUAUGUUUGUGGCUACUCAAUUCACCCUGGCACUGGCUGGGUCCACCAUUGUGUACUGGAUGGAAUAUGGAUUGUCUAUUCAUGAGAGUGCACCAUUAGCGUGGAGAUUUCCAAUUGGGUUCCAAAUGCUCUUUCUAUUCAUCAACAUGUGUGCCAUUCCGUUCUUCCCUGAAUCUCCAAGAUACCUUUUCUCUGUAGGCAAGGUUGAAGAGGCCAAGUUGGUUUUGGAGAGGUGUCGUCUAGAUCCUUCUCCAGAAGCAAUUGACGAGGAGAUGAGCGCCAUUCUUAUGGACUUGAACUUGGAGGUUGGCCAUGCUGUUGGCUGGAAAACUCUUUUGAUGCCCUUUUUUGGCCAGAAAGAUCCAAUGCACAACCUUCGCCGUGUUGUACUCGGUGCUGGUGUACAGGUGAUGCAGAAGCUUACAGGAAUCGACUUCAUUGCUACAUAUGCCCCGCAAAUGUUUCAAUUGUCUGGAUUCUCAGCAAACAGAUCCACAUUGUUGGCUGGAGGUAACUUUUUCGUAUAUUGGCUAUCGCUGGCCACGGCAAUAUACACGAUUGAUAACGUUGGUCGUCGUAAGCUAAUGUUGUCGGGCCUUGUCAGUAUGUUUGUGGUACUUUUUAUCGGUGGUGGCCUUGCCUAUAAAAUUCGUGCUGAUCCAGAUGCGUCAAACAUAACCGCCAUGGGCAACGGUAUUUGUGCUGUUCUGUACCUGUACACGUUUGCGUACGGAAGUACAUGGCUGACUGUCUGUUGGCUAUAUCCCUCUGAAAUCUUUUCGCUUCAGACGAGAUCCAAGGGUGCUGCCAUUGCUGUGAUUGCAUUUUCUCUUACUGGAGGAGCUAUUAAUGAGAUUGUUCCAUACCUCAUCAAAGCUGUUCAUUAUUGGGUGUUUUUUAUUUUUGGGUUUUUGAAUCUGGGAAUGAUCGUGCCUGUCUAUCUGUUCUACCUUGAGACUUCCAGGAGGACUUUGGAAGACUUGGACAUUCUCUUCAUGUCUUCUUCGCCAUUUGUAUGGAGGGCAGAAAGAGAUUAUGAAAAGAAUAAGGAAGAUAUCCAGGACAGAGGUCUUCACCAAUCGGAUACCAAGGAAGAGCUCGAGUACAUUGAGGAAGACACAUAA